AAAACGGUGGAGAGCUUCACUCGAUGGCCAAUUCUGCUGCUUGUUCUUCUAGUACUGAUUCAACUAUAAAUAUAAGGGGAAAAGAAGGACAGGAUGAUCAGCAACAGAACAACUCUGAAAUCAGGACAUUGAUGUCUGAUAUUGAGAAAGAAGUUGAAAUGGUGAGUUCCUUGCGAUCCGAUUAUGAUAUAUACCGAGUUCCCAUGCAGCUUCACAAGCUAAAGCCAGAAGCCUACACACCUCAGUCAGUCUCAAUUGGCCCUUUGCACUAUAAGGAUGAACACUUACAGACUAUGCACACACAUAAGUUGCGCUACUUAAAUCGCCUUCUAAAUCGACCCUCUGGGAAAACUUUAGAUGUUUAUGUCAAAGGUGUGAGUAAUUUGGAAGAAAAAGCUCGCAAAUGUUAUUCAGAAACCAUAAUGGACUUCGGAAGAGAUGAGUUUGUGAAGAUGAUGGUGAUAGAUGGCUGCUUUAUACUUGAGUUCCUCCUAAUCAAAACACUAACGGAGAAGGAUCAUUUCAGAUCAAAACUGUCAUGGAAUUGGGAAAUCAAUACUGACUUCAUUAAGCUUGAAAAUCAGCUUCCCUUCUUUGUUCUUGACUUCUUAUAUGGUCUAAUAAUCUUUGAUGGUUAUAACCUAACUCCCCCUUACAACACCUUGACCAGUAGUCACCAUAUCUAUGCGAGUCUCUUACAUAGGUAUGCAGAAGGGCUCCAUGGCCUAACACUUCAUGGUGAUGAAGAUAUAAAAUCACUACCAAUCCCAGAUGGUGGAGCAAAGCAUUUUGUUGAUCUUUUACGAUAUGCCCUCAUCCCAUCAUUUCCAACGACUAGGAGGAGACAUGGUGAAAAGUAUUUGCCGCUUAAGUAUUGUGCCUCUCAACUUAGGAGUGCUGGUGUCAAGCUCCAGAAGAAGGAUCCUUCUGACUCUCCAAAGACAUAUUUAUUUGACAUAGAGUUCGAUGUAAACAAGGGAGUAUUGACAAUCCCGACUAUCUUGAUCUGGGACGAGACAGAACUCGUCCUUAGAAACCUCAUUGCCUUUGAACAAGGUGAAACCUACAUUGAGUAUUUCACAAUGUACACAGCUUUCAUGGAUGGCCUCAUUGACACUGCCAAGGACGUGGAGUUGCUAGAGCAGAAGGGAAUUAUUACAAACAACCUUGGCAGCCGAGAAGAUGUGGUGACCUUAUUCAACAAUAUUAACAAACAAGUUGUCCUUGGUGAUCCUUAUUUCUCUGGUGUUGUCAAGGAUUUGGAGGAGUAUCACAAUAAAGCAUGGAAUAAAAGGAAGGCAGGUUUGAUGCAGAACUAUUUCAACUCGCCAUGGUCAUCAAUUUCAGUCGGUGCUGCUGCAUUACUCCUCCUCUUGACGAUAAUACAGACUAUCUUUUCCAUCUUACUGUUUUUCUACUCAACCUAAAAAAAUGAACAAUAAGCUAGUGAUCAAGAUCUGCAUAUAUAGAUAUAUAUUGUUGUUGACGUACAUGUUGUAAU